AUGCCUAGGAGAAAAGAUCUCUCCACAUUUGAGAGGGCAUCAAUAAUUCAAUUCCUUCUUGAAGACAUCAAGGAGGGGAAGGUUGCUAGGGGGAAGAUUGCAGCAGCUGUUACAAGAUGGAGCAGCUCACGAAGCACAAUCAAUCAGAUUUGGGCAGCUGCAAAAAAGCAAAUACAACAGGGUGAGUUAAUUGCUAGCUUAGACUUGUCCAAAAGAUCUACCAUUCGAAGGCUUGCAUGUGGGAUCCAAUGUAGCAAAAGUACUGUGGGAAGAUGGAUUAAGCUAGGGCUGAUCAAAGCUCAUUCAAAUGCUAUUGAACCCGAUCUUACUGCUCCUAACAAGUUGCUUAGGCUACGGUUUUCAUUGGAGGCCCUAGAGUAUGAUAGGAUCAUGAGGAGUGUGAUAUUUAAAAAUAUGCACAACACAAUCCACAUUGACGAGAAAUGGUUCUACAUAACCAAGUCCAACCAAAGGUUUUACUUAACCCCUGCAGAGACUGAGCCUCAUAGAACCUGUAAAAACAAAAAAUUCAUCACCAAGGUGAUGUUUAUGUGUGCAGUGUGUAAGCCUAUCUUUAGCCCUGAUGGAGAAUGCCUAUUUGAUGGAAAAAUAGACAUUUUUCCAUUUACUGAAAUGGUACCAGCAAAGAGGAAGAGUAAGAACAGGGAGGCAGGCACAAUGGAGUGGAAACCCAUUCAAAGUAUCACCAAAGAAGUGGCAAAGUGGCCAAGUUUUGCUAGCAAAGUCAUCUACAUACAGCAGGAUAAUGCGCGGCCACACAUUAAAGACAACGACCCUGAUUUCAGGGCAGCUGCCUCUAGUGAUGGCUUUGACAUACACCUGUUAAGUGCACAAACCUUGAACAAGGUUUUUCUUAGUCUACAAAGCUGCAUGAUUGAAAUACUCAAGGUAAAAGGUCAAAACUGUUACAAAAUUCCCCAUUUGAAGAAGGAUGCCUUGAUUAGGCAGGAUAUGCUUCCUUUAAACCUUGAAGUUGAUUCAAGGCUUGUUAGGGAAUGCAUAGUCUACCUAAUUGAGCAUGGGAGCAUUAGUGGGAGUGAAGGUUUCUUAAGGCAGCUGCCUAUAGGCAUGAUUGGAGGCACAAUUGAUGGGCUAACUUAUAGCAUGCAGUAG